CUUCUGCUCUCACUUCCUUAUGAGAGAAGACAGAGACACUAUCCCAGAAAGAACGGGGCUGUUGUGCACUCUCGUCUCAGGCAAUCAUGGGUAACUGGGUGGAGAAUGAAGGACUGUCCAUCUUUGUUGUUCUUGUGUGGCUGGGGUUAAAUGUCUUCCUCUUUUGGUGGUUCUAUCUUGCGUAUGAUCUCCCACCAAAAUUCUUCUACACCAGAGAACUCCUUGGCCAUGCCUUGGCUCUGGCAAGGGCUCCUGCAGCUUGUCUGAAUUUCAACUGCAUGCUGAUUCUGCUGCCAGUAUGUCGAAACUUGCUCUCCUUCCUCAGAGGAUCAAGUGCGUGUUGCUCUACCCGUGUCAGACGACAGCUGGACAGGAACCUCACCUUUCACAAAAUGGUGGCAUGGAUGAUCGCCCUUCAUACUGCAAUUCACACCAUUGCACACUUAUUCAAUGUAGAGUGGAGUGUGCAAGCACGUGUUGAAGAGAAAGAAACUCUGACAACUGCGCUCUCGAAACUUGGUGAUAAUCCAGGAGAAAGCUAUGUCAAUUUUUUUAGGCAAACUAUUCCGAAUCCCAUGGGGGGCUUAUAUGUGGCUUUCACAUACUUGGCUGGUCUCACUGGUGUUAUCAUCACUCUGGCCCUCAUACUAAUCAUCACGUCGUCCACCAAAACCAUCAGAAGGUCGUAUUUUGAAGUAUUUUGGUACACACAUCAUCUGUUUGUCAUCUUCUUUAUUGGCCUUGUCAUCCAUGGUGCUGGGCGUAUUGUACGUGGACAGACUGCUGAGAGUCUGGCUGAACAUAAUCCAGAGAUUUGCUAUAAGAACUUCAGUGACUGGGGGAAAAAAGGAGCUUGCCCAAUCCCCCAGUUUUCAGGGAAUCCUCCUAUGACAUGGAAGUGGGUAGUAGGUCCCAUGUUUUUGUACCUCUGUGAGAGGUUGGUGCGGUUUUGGAGGUCACAGCAGAAGGUUGUUAUCACAAAGGUGGUGAUUCAUCCUUUCAAGACGAUUGAGCUCCAGAUGAUGAAGAAGGGUUUCAAGAUGGAGGUCGGACAAUACAUUUUUGUCAAAUGUCCAGCAGUGUCUAAACUGGAAUGGCAUCCAUUCACUCUAACCUCUGCCCCAGAAGAGGAUUACUUCAGUAUUCAUGUCCGUAUUGUGGGGGACUGGACAGAGGGCUUGUUCAAUGCCUGCGGAUGUGACAAGCAAGAAUUCCAGGAGGCCUGGAAGUUGCCCAAGAUAGCUGUGGACGGCCCCUUUGGAACCGCCAGUGAGGACGUAUUCAGUUAUGAAACUGUUAUGCUUGUUGGAGCUGGGAUAGGGGUCACACCAUUUGCAUCUGUGCUCAAGUCUGUCUGGUACAAAUACUGCCACGAUGCGACCAACCUAAAACUUAAGAAGAUCUAUUUUUACUGGCUGUGCAGGGACACUCAUGCCUUUGAAUGGUUUGCUGACCUCUUGCAGUCUCUGGAGACUCAAAUGCAGGAGAGAAAUAACGCGGAGUUUCUCAGCUAUAACAUCUACCUUACAGGCUGGGAUGAAUCUCAGGCCACUCAUUUUGUAGUGCAUCAUGAAGAAGAGAAGGAUGUGAUUACAGGCCUUAAACAGAAAACCUUGUAUGGAAGACCUAACUGGGAAAACGAGUUCAAAACCAUUGCAAGGCAGCAUCCAGGUUCCAGAAUAGGUGUUUUUCUAUGUGGACCUGAGGGCCUAGCUGACACGCUCAACAAGCAGAGCAUCAGUAACUCGGAAGCUGACCCACGAGGAGUACACUUCAUCUUUAACAAGGAAAAUUUCUAACUCCCAAAUAUGUGGCAGUUGUUCAUUCAGUACAAAGUCUAAAGACUGGAUCUCUUUUUCUGGGAAGAACAGCCCAGCUUCUAAUCCCAGUUACACAGAUGCAUAUCCCUUUGCUUCUUUGGAAUUAUUCUGGCGCUGCAGUAGAGUAGGAGUCAAGUUUUACUUUAAGAAAGUGUGCGCUGCCUGCCCACCCACCCCCCAACAUGCUGGCAAUUUAGCAAAAAUUUAUUCUUCAUCUGUGUGAGGGGAAUUCCCCUCAACUGUCUUUAUCCUCCUGUUAUUCAUAAUGACUGCUGAAGGUUCAAGGCAGCCCUAUACAUUUGGGAACCAAUUCACACAGAGAAAGCUUAAUGCUAUUAAACAAUAAAGCAUUCUGGCAUAAUGCUUGCUAUUAAGAGACAGCUUAUCCUGGAUACAGGGAGUCUCUGGAAUGAGGGAGGACUUAGGAAAGGGUGAGUAGGAAAAAUUGGUCCUUACAACAGGAAAUCUGCUUUGCACACCAGCAUCUCUCAGGCUCCCAGAUAGAAGGCUAAAUGCCUCGUCCAAGAGAUAGCAUGGGCAGCUGGAAAGCAGCCGUUUCUCUUUAGGGAAGAAGAGAAGUGAAAAUGAACCACCUGGAUGUCAGGGCACCGCUGCCACCAUCGCCCAGCUGCAGAGGGGACCAUGAGGCUGGUGCCAAACCAAGUCCUCCACUCUGUAAGCCAUAGCCCAGCUGCUUCAAACUUCUCAGUUUCACAUCUCUAAAUUUCUGACUUCAAGGCCAAAAGAACUCAUCACUGAAUGGUUUAAUGGCUCUUUCGUGAAGCAUUUUAAAAUGCACACAGGGCUGUUGGCCCUUGUUCAGCUGCUCCUCUUUGACAGUAGUGAGGUAGGUUUGAGAAAGCAAAUACCAUGGGGACAGUAGCUGGAAGAGAUAUGAAUAAAGCUUGCAUGUAUGCAAGAAACCCAUACAAAGCACAGUGCUUCUGUAUGUACAGUACAGGUAACAGGUUAUUAAAAAAAAAAAGGAACCAAGACACUUUUAAUACCAGCAGCAGGAAAAGAAAAAAAAAGAAAAAGAAAAAGAAAAAGAAAAAAGAAAACUUUAAAGCCAGCAGCAUAGAAAAAAAAGGUGAAAAAAAACUUGAAACAGACAUAUUUUAUUUCAGCCCGGUUCAGCCCAGUCACCUGCUUACUGCCUUUAAAACUCCUCUGCCAAGCCCUACAAUAGCUCCUACACAACACUAGACCUCGCUGACAGGUUCCUGCAGUCACAGAUAAAAGUGGUGACCUCCUUUUGUAACUUCACACAAGUUUGUGUAACCUUCUGGUUGUAUGUAGCAUAUUUUACACCACAGCUUGCCAGACGGGAUGUGUUCUCCCUUUACACCAUUUUUAAAUGUUAUCCAAGCACUUCAUGCUACUUUAGAAGGACAGCUUACCAUUUUUAUUUAUUAAUACGAAACUUACCUGUAUGAUACUGAAUUGUAUCACCAUCUGAAGGGCAGAAGUCACAGUUGGUAAAUGCUAGUAAAGAUCAGCUCUUGGUGAGGAAUUUUUCAAUUCUUUUUCUUCAAUUCUCAAAAGGGCCAUAUUUAAAUCCACAUAAUAAUGUUUGAAACAUGCCUAUUCAAUCAGAACAGAGCUUAAACAGAAUUUAAAAAACUUCUUCCUUGGAAUAAAAAGAAUUGCUACUGAAAUAGAGUAAGGCUCUCACCCUCUGCAGAGAGCACUGAAAUAUUUGGCUUUGAUUUCAAUGGACAUAUGAUCAGAUUUUCACACUGUCAGAAAGCAGGCAAACUGGAAGUUUGGGGUCUAAUUGAUACAGAAGAAGGAAGAAGGGGUCUAAUACAGCAUAUUUACCAUUCGAAGACUCUUGGAGGGGGUGCAUUUUACUUCACCAUUUUCUAAACAUUGUCAUGUUUGUUCUUACAACUCCAGGGAUCUUUCCUUUCACAGCCAGUUCUAAUGACACUCCCUGACCUGCUGCACAUUUACACCAGGGACUGCUGGUCACCUCAAACUCAGAAAAAAGGAAUCGUGUGCAUAUUAAUAAACCACUGUCUUCCUAAAACAUGUAAAAGAGCAAGCAAGAACUUCUCAGUUUCUUUCAAAGGUUUGUUUUAUUAAACACUGCUGAAAUAUGA